ACGUAAUCACAGAGAAACGCAUAUAUAUUUCCUUUUGACGUUUGUAAAAUAAAGAAGGCCUGGCAACAGCUGUUGGAGCGUUGAAAGAGGGUCCCAACAUAGUGGGAAAAACCCCUGGGAAAAACCCCUGCGGCGAUAAAGACUCUUUCAACAGCGUGGUUGAGUCGAGAAAAUGUCUCAACACCAAUGCAAUCCUGUUCAAGAGAAGAUAUCUUGUGUUUACACAAUUGCUGUCAACAACAAUGAGUCUUCUUCAAAGAGAAAUCAACAGAGCUACAAGGUAUCAGCCACCAAAGACCUCACAGCCAAAGCAUUGUCUGAUGAUGUUGCUUCUGCCAGAGCGACGGAGAAACUUGAUGGUACCUGCUGCCUAGUGGAAGUCUUUAAUGGGCAGCCAUGGUUGUGGGCUCGUUUGGAUCGUAAACCAAACAAACAAGGAGAGAGGCGAUUUGCACAGUACAAGAAGUCUUUGGCAAAGUUUGAAGAAAGUGGAAAUGGACAACAGGAGUCCUUUGUGUGGUCUUCAAAAGACUUCAAGGAAGUUCCUGACAACUGGAUUCCAGCUAGUCGUCUAGAAAUCAAAGAUGGAUUUGUGGUCCCUGACAGCAUUGGCCAUACUCCAGGAUGGGUCCCUGUUGAUGUCAAUGCCAGACAACACUGUUGGCAUCUGUCUGCUGUUGAUCUAACACAAGGAGUGGCUUUAGUUCUCAGAGAGGAUGAGGAUGUUCCGGAAGAGCUUGUGAUAGAAGUGCAGCCGCUGUCCUCCCUAUGCGGUCAAACCUGUGAACUUAUUGGCACAAAUAUCAAUGGCAAUCCUUACGGUCUGGGCAGUAAGAAGUCCCCUCUACACCUUUUUGUUGCUCACGGCUCCCUGAGUAUCCAGAGUCCGGACGUGACGGACUAUGAGGCAAUGUACGAGUGGUUCUCUUCAAAAUCUGCCUCAGCUCAGGUGGAAGGCGUGGUCUGGCAUUGUCAAAACAAAGAACUACACAAGCUCCAUCGGCAUCACCUAAACUUGAAGUGGCCUGUAGAAGUCCCACACCUGUCCAGGCGAAAGGUCAAAGUUCAGCUUGAUUUGUCCCUCUGUGAACCUGGAAGCACUUCUCCUCCGAAGGGAGUAGUCAACCUCUUUGCACUGCUGGUUAACAGAAAUGAGCAAAAGUUUGAUAAUAUGCUAGAAUUAUGUGAAGCGCUUAAUCCUGUGAUAGGAGAAGGCUCCUAGCAUCGAAAAGUUAACCAUAUAAUAUAUGUUAAAAGGUCUUUUCAAUGUAUUUAUUCGCUGAAAGACAAUACUUUUUGAGAGUUAGAUUCUGUUUUAGGAGUUUAAAGAAGGCAUUAUGUUUUUGAAAUUCAAGUAUUAUGAUGAUUUAUGAGAAUUUUGUCACAAUAUUUCUUGAUAUUGUUGUGCUAUCAAUACUUCAGAAGUAUGUGUGUACUUGUGGCACAGAUUAUUACAGUGGAGUCCCGUUAUAACGAGAGGGAGGAGACUGGUACAAAAUGUCCGUUAUAGCAGGACUCUCGUUAUAAGGGAUCCAUUAACUCAUUGCUUACGCGCCUCUGUGCCCAGCCGCUCACCCAGGUACGCACUGUUUUGAGCCAUCUUUGAGCUCCAGUCUCAGGGAGAGCCACUGGGAAAAACAGAAAAAUAA